AUCCGUUCACUAGACACCAACCACUUAGUGAAAUUGGUGACGAGAAUAUCUCUCAUUUUCUUUGGCUUUUUCUUAAACCCAAAAACGAUUUUAAAAUUGAGUCAGGAAUACUUCAGUGACAUCAUUCCCUUCGCAGCGAAGAUGGAAGACGAGUCCUCGUAUUACGACAGAACCAAGGAAGUGAAGGAGUUCGAUGAAACGAAAGCCGGAGUUAAAGGCCUUGUGGACUCAGGGAUCACAAAAGUCCCCAAGUUCCUCAUUCAUCCACCACAAAGCCUUUCAAAUUCAGAAACAACAAAUGUAAACUUUAAGGUUCCUGUCAUAGACUUUGACGGCUUUGAUCAAGAUUUCCAGCGAGCACAGAUUGUGAAGGAGAUUUGUGAAGCAUCCGAAACGUGGGGGUUCUUUCAAAUGGUUAAUCAUGGAGUUCCAGAGAGAGUGAUUGAGAAUAUGUUGGAAGGGAUUCGAGGGUUUCAUGAGCAGCCGAAGGAGGUGAAGAUGGAGUGGUAUUCUCGUGACUCGAAACAUAGAGUGAGAUACUACUGCAAUGGAGAUCUGUUGGUGUCGAAAACAGCGAAUUGGAGAGACACGAUAGGGUUUGAUUUCCAGGACGGUCCAUUGGACCCCGAGACAUUUCCCUUCGUUUGCAGAGAGGCAGUGCAGGAGUACAUUGAACACUUAAAGAACUUGAGGGAGAUGCUAUCAGGUUUGUUGUCCGAGGCCUUGGGGCUCAGCACUGACUACCUGGAAAACAUAGAGUGCAUGAAGACUGAAAAUCUGGUGUGCCAUUAUUACCCGAGCUGUCCAGAACCGGAGCUGACCCUUGGCACAACCAAGCAUUCGGAUCCUUCCUCUUUAACUGUACUCUUGCAGGAUGAUCUCGGCGGCCUGCAAGUCCUCCAUCAAGGUCACUGGGUUGAUGUUCCUCCUACUCCUGGAGCUCUUGUGGCGAAUGUCGGUGAUCUUAUGCAACUUAUCACCAAUGACAAGUUCAGAAGCGUAGAGCAUAGAGUACUGGCUAGAAGAGUGGGGCCCAGGAUAUCAGCUGCAUGUUUUUUCUAUCCAAGUGCUACGCAAAGAUUCAAACCCUAUGGCCCCAUCAAGGAGUUUCUCUCGGACAACCUACCGAUAUACAGGGAAACACACUUUGGGGAGUAUCUUGCUUAUUACAGAUCAAAGGGGUUAGAUGGUAACUCUGCCCUUUCUCAUUUUAAAUUAGCUUAAUUCAGAUAGGGAACUGUUAUUAGCAUUCUAAAAAUACACUCUAUAUAUAUUUUUUUAAUCAUAAAUAGUUUGGAGUGCAAAUUG